AUGGGUGUCCCAUUCAUCACAGUUUUCUUCAUAUUCUUCUUCUGUGCUGCGAAAUUUGGUGAAAGUUCCGAUAGAUGUGUUGGUAUUCGGUGUAGCAAGAACGAGCCUGUCAUCUCAUUUCCUUUUAGAAUUAAAGGCCGACAGAAUGAAUGGUGUGGUUACCCAGGUUUUGAUCUUACUUGCAAUGAUAAGAAUAAAACGGUUCUAGAGUUGCCGUUUUCUAGUUCAUUUUAUGUUCAUGAUAUCAACUAUGGUAGUCACUCAAACAAAAUACAGCUUCAUGAUCCGGAUAACUGCCUUUCCGAACGGCUUUUGGAUAACCAGAUGAAUCUUUCUGGCACCCCUUUCAUUCAUAUUCACAAUAAGAAUUAUUCUUUCUACAACUGCUCGUCUGUUCGUUCAUUCAACAGUACGUCCACGCCAAUGAUCAGUUGCCUCAGCACCUCCGGACGUGUUGUUUUUGCUACAUCUGCAGCAAGUUCCGAUAGUUUAUCGCUUAACCAAAACUGUGAGUUAAUUGCUAAUCUACAGGUGCCGGUCGAAACGUCUGAUCAUAUAGCUUAUUCUUUGCUUCAAAAUGAUAUUCAUCUCACCUGGGCAUGGAGUACAUCGGAUUGCAAAAGCUGUAACUAUCCGAAAGCUCCGUCAAAGAAGCAUGGUCAUGGCUUUGCAUAUGUUUUUAUCAUCAUGGGCGUCAUGGCUAUAAUAUCUUUUGUUUGCUUCCGCGCUUGGGUCAUGAGUAAUAUAUAUAGGGGCAACCACCUGCCACACCAAUCAGGCAUCGUCAACACCGGUCUCGAUGAAUCCACUAUACGAUCCUUUCCAAUGAUAGUACUUGGUGAGAACCGACGAUUACCAAAUGAGGCCAGUGAUACUACUUGUGCAUUAUGUCUAGAUGAGUAUCUGCCCAACGAUAUAUUAAGGAGUUUGCCGGCAUGUAACCACUAUUUUCAUGCUGUCUGUAUUGAUGAAUGGCUUCCUAUAAACUCAAGAUGUCCUGUUUGCAAUACAAUGUCACCCGUCGCUAAUAGUGAAACUGCGCCAUGAUACUCAGAGAGAGAGGAAUAGAAAAAGAAUCAGAAAUUCAUCCUAAAGUGUGCAUGCUUGAUGCUCCUUAAUAU